GAGUAAAAGUGUAAAACCGAGCUAGCUAGGAGUAGGGAAAAAGCGCCAAACAGAGGAAGAAGAGAAAAAACCUGCCAUAUAGACAUGGCAUCUGGCUUGAAAACCCUAAUCCCCAAAGUUACACCUCUUCAUCUCUGGUCCAGACCUUCUCCCUCCCGCCCAUUUCGCCACAAAUUGAAUUUACCCAUCUCGCGAUCUGCUUCCCUCUUUUAUCCCCUGUGCUCACUGACAGGAAAAAACUGUGACGGAGCUUUGCCGAAGGGAGUUGGUGAGGCUGUUAGUGGAGCUUCAAAGAAUUGUGUUCUUCAGGUGGUUUUAGUUUCUCCUCAGAUUCCUGGAAAUGUUGGGAGUAUUGCAAGAACAUGUGCAGCGUCAGGUGUGAAGCUCCACCUGGUUGAGCCAUUAGGAUUUUCCAUUGAUGAUGCAAAGCUAAAGCGUGCGGGACUCGAUUACUGGCCGUAUCCUUUGCAACACCCAGUCAUAGUGUCAUAUUAUUGGGCCAUCUAUCAAGGAACACAUCAUCAUGACUAUAAUCCCAAAUAUUUUGGGAUAUGUUGUUGUGAGAGUGCAUAAGUCAUGGUCUGAAUUUCUGGACUAUUUCAGCAGACAGACCGAGGAAAAGAGGCUUCUGGCAUUUACUAAAAGAGGAGCAGUCAUCCAUUCAGACUUUUGCUACAAAAGGGGUGAUUGGCUAAUAUUUGGCUCAGAAACUAAAGGGUUGCCGCCUGAAGCCGUGCUUGAUUGCACGAACAAACCUCUGGGUGGUGGGGCGCUCCGCAUUCCAAUGGCGGAAACAUAUGUCAGGUGUUUGAACUUAUCCGUAAGUGUUGGCAUUGCUUUGUAUGAAGCUUCUCGACAACUAAACUACGAGCAACUCCAGUCCUUGCCAGAAGAACCUUGCAUGCAUAAAGAUACAUCAUUCGCUAAAGAAGACAUUUUCGCCUGAUCUGUCUUGUUGGGGUCCUCAAUCCUCUCGGAAAGACUACCUCUACCCAAACAAGAGAUUCUUGGGAGUCGUCGUUCCAGAGAGUUAGGUAUUGGAUCAUGUAGAUGACGCCUUUUCUGUGUGGGAAUGGAGUUUGGCAUUCCGGAAUCUUCCCCAUCAUUCCGCCGUAGGGGUUCCAGAUCAUCAACGGCGAGUCCUCUUGCAGGAGCUUCUUCCAUAUUCCUUCCAGCCCGGUUUCCGGGACCGGUUUUCUGACAAAAUCUGAUUUUGCUUUGAAGUAGUUCUUGAAUUGAGAUGUCCCCUGGAGUAGGACUUCCGGCGGGGUGUUUGUUGGGAAUCCGGCGAUGUAGAGGACGGAUUCGAUCCAGCUCAUCUCUAUGCAGUCUUGCUUGGUUAACCCCAGCUCUGGGAAACUCUCUCCCAUGAUCUGUAAAAGCCUUUCGGAUUUGCCCAGAAACAGCGCAUUGUAGGCCGUUUGGACCGUCCUCUGCCCUUCUCCCGUGCCUUUUGUUGCAAAAUUAUGCAGAAGAGAUGAAGAGUGAUAAUUAGGAAAUGAAAUCACUGAAAAAAGACCAUAGUUCUUUUGACACUGGUUUUGGAUUUUAUAACAUGAUACCAGGGCGCUAACAUGCAUUAUUUUGUCCAGGAUAUGACUCUAUCCCUUACCCAUCUCCAAACCCAAGUACCCAACUCAUAGCUCCCUAGCGUUUUUCUCCCAAAUGUUUUAGUGCUACUGUAUAGGAAUGAUAUGGUAUAAUUUUGUCUCAAAU